AUGUGGGCUUUUGAUCCUGAAUGGAAUAUGUGGGUUGUUAAGAGGAAUUCUGGUGUUUCUGAGUAUUACAAAAGUGUUCAUGAUUUUAACUCAUGGACUAAAGUGGAUCUUGCUGAACUUUCAAGCGCCCCAUUCCAUAACCCUUCAGAAGAUCCAAGCACGUCAAACUUCAAAAGAUUUCUUGACAGGCAGGUCAAGGAAAACUUCUCUAGAAUGAUAUCUGCAAGAGCCUUAUACAGAAAAGAUAAGGAAAUUAUGGAUCCUAAAUCAGGUGAGCCUAUGAAGAUUAUCAUAUGGCCAACAACGAAACAGCAGAAGGAAAACCUAUCCCUCAACACUUUCGUGAGGUAUAUCUUGAUAAUAUGGAAUUAUGGGCGUACGAUGAUGAAAUUGUCAAUGCUGCCAUAA